CGGGACUUUGAGGCCGGCUAACACCCUCUGUUAGCAUACAACUUCAACGACUUCUAAACAGGGCGACAGGUGAUGUUUAGACGCAAAAUAACAACGUAAGAGAGCAACUAUCUUCUCAGUAAUAUUUAAUAGGAGUAAUCUAAAAUGGACUGGUUCCACUGUAAUCAGUGCUUCACAAGGAGUGGGUCCAAGUUUGCCGUGUCCAGCUGUGGCCACAUCUGCUGUGAAGCAUGCAUUAAAUCUAAGCAGUGCGGUGUAUGUCGAGCCACCUGCAGUUAUCUGCCCAUCACAGACCAGAUGAAGCCUCAAGAAAGGGUGUUUUUCAAAGAUCCUGUGAAGCUCAUCCAGUCCAGGCUGGAGCACAUCUCACAGAUUGCACUCUUUCAGCGGACACAGAUGGAAAGGGUCACGGCACACUUCAAGCAUAAGUCUGUGGAGCUGGAAAGGCAUCUGAAGGAAGUCAGUGAGCAGGGUUACAGGCAACUCUCGGAGCUGAAAAGAGAGAACGCUGACUUAAAAAAGCAGCUUUCAGAACUGAAAAGGGAGACUGCUGAUUUAAAAAAGCCACUUUCUCAGCGGCGGGUUUCUCCAGGACAUUUUCAAAUAGAUGGACAUCAAAGAAUGUCACUCCCUGUGGCUGUCACCUCCCCAGUUACCCCUCGUCCAAGAACCAUGAGCUACAUCGGCUCAGCGGAGUCUCAGGUGUGGGCCAGAGUUCCCAGUCUAUCCUCACUCACAACUCCUGGAUCAGCUACCUCUAUUUCCAGCCACAGUUCACUUCAUGGACAUGUACACAGAACUCCUGCAUCCUACAACACUCCUACAAGAACUCACCGUCAGACUCCGAAUGUCUUCCAGUUCCCGUUUAUGAGUGGAUUAUCUUUACAGUCUCCCAGGCACUGAUGAAGCUGGCCCACGUCAGCACUUUUUUCUUAGUUAGAGACAAACACGUUUCCCCCAGUAACAGUUGAAUGUUGAUUUAAUAUCACUGAGAAUUUAUAAUUGU